UUAGGCACAGUGUGACUACGCAGUUUCGCCCGAGAAGACGUCUUUUUUUUCUGGAAGCCAUGGACCUGUACUACCAUCCGAUUUCCCCGCCCUGUUGGUCUGUCAUCCUCUUGGCCAAACAGUUGGAUUUGCCUAUCAAUCUGAAGAAGGUGGAUAUGUUUGCCGGCGAACAUCUUAAGGAAGAUUUCCUAAAGCUCAAUCCUCAACACUCGGUCCCAACGCUUGUCGAUGGGGAGUUUACGCUUAGUGAAUCCCACGCUAUCCUAACGUAUCUGGCGGAUGCCCAUUCCGGAUCUGACGAACAUCCGCUGUACCCGCGGGAUAAGAAAGUGCGCGCCCAAAUUCACCACCGUUUGAGUUUCGAUCUGGACACCUUGUAUCGUCGAUUCUACGCUUUCGGCACACCGAUUUGGACCACCAAAACCGAACCGAGCGAAGAAAACCGUACCAAGCUGAACGAAGCCUUGGGUUUUCUCAGCGCUUAUCUCAGCCGAGGACGCUUCGCGGUGGGCGAUAGCAUUACGAUUGCCGAUAUUCCUCUGGCCGUCAGCGUGUUCUGCAUGGAGAUGUUGAAGUUCGAUCUGAGUCCGUAUCCGAAGGUCCAGGAAUGGUACGCAGCCUGCAAACAGGAACUGGUCGGGAUGAAGUCCGAGUUCAUGGAUAACGCCCUCGAGGAGUUUAAGAAGUUUCUCGAAGCACCAAAACAGCACUAAUGAUUUGUGAAUCAAUGCAAACGGAAGCAUUUUGGGUUCAAGUAAUAAGAGUUGUUUGUUGAAGAUCAAAUAAACGCCG